CCAAGUGGCCGUGGCCGCAGCAGUGCCCCAAGAACCUUUGAGUAGUCCAGAACAGAAUCAGAAAUGCCGCCCCAAAUACGUGCCCUGACGCCCGAGCUGCAGCAGACGGCCAAGGAGCAGCUGCACGAGGUGCCCGAUCGCCUCGAGGCGGAUCUGGAGGCAUUCAAGACUUGGAUCAAGCAGCAGCCGCACCUCAAUCCGCGCACCGACGACCAGUUCCUGGUGGCCUUUCUGCGCGGCUGCAAGUACAGCCUGGAGCGGGCCAAGUCCAAGCUGGACAAGUACUACACACUGCGCACCAAGUAUCCAGAUUUCUUCAAUGUCACCACCACGAGGAGUCCCAAGUUCCGGGAGAUUCAUCAAACGGGCGCGCUGGUCUACCUGCCGACUCCCCUCCAUGGCAACGGGCCACGCAUUGCCAUCUGGCGCAUGGGUCUGUGUCCCGUGGAGAAGUACAACAUUCUGGAGUGCAUGCAGGUGGCGCAGGCCAUGCAGGAGAUUGCCAUCAUGGAGGAUGACUACGCCAAUGUCAACGGCAUUGUGUUCAUCAUGGACAUGAAGGGCGCCACAGCGGCGCACAUGUUCCAGAUGACGCCAUCGAUGGCCAAGAAGUUCACCGUCUUCUCGGAGGAGGCGCUGCCGCUGCGGCCCAAGGCCCAGCACUUUAUCAACACCAUCACGGGCUUCGAGCAGGUCUUCAACAUCUUCAAGCCCAUGAUGUCCAAGAAGAUGCAGGGACGUCUGUUCGUUCAUGGCAGCAAGAUGGGGCUGCUCACGGAUCAGAUUCCGCUGGAGUAUCUGUCGGAGAACUACGGCGGACAGAACGGCGCCAUCGAGGAUCUGGUUGCGGCGUGGGAGAAGAAGUUUGACGAGUACGAGGAGUUCUUCCAGGCCAAUGCCACGUACGGCACGGAUGAGAGCCUGCGCCCUGGCAAUCCCAUUGACUUUGAGGGUCUCUUCGGCAUCGAGGGAUCCUUCCGGAAGUUGAAUGUGGAUUAAAGGGGGUACCAGGGGGGACUGUCUCUGUUAUUCUACGAAUUUGUACAACUUAAA